AAAAUAGGCGUUCAACAAACUGUCAAAGUGUCAAGUCUACUUCCUAUGAUUCAAAUCCAAGCCUGCUAUGGAAAUCGAUUGAAAUGCCACUAAUUUACACUCCAGGAGAUUUAAUAAUGGCUUUGUACGUUUCUUCCAAUGACUUUAAAUACCUUACAGAAUUUGCAUUUCGUCUUUAAUCACUACAGAUUGCUCAAUCGGCAGCUGCGAUCAAGAAAGCCUCGGCCGGUAGUUAGGGCAUCUCUGAAUUCCGCGCCAUAUCUAUGAGUCAGUUGCUGAAUGACAUUGGAAGAUGAUGAAGGCCGACGAAAACCCGACGAGUCCAUUGGCGUUAACCUCGAAGCUCGACCCGAAACCGGAUCCUCCUUUGAAAGACCACCCGUCUUCUCCGAACCCCGUCAGCAACGGCUCCCGUAUCCGGUCCAAUAAACUGAACAAAUGCAAUGAACGUUCUCCGCCGCGCAGGAACCCUCAAACUGCCGAGGAAUUCGUACUCUCCGUCGCCUCCAAGUACGCGGCUCAGCCUCUCCAGUACUCCGAUCCUGACGUUUGGGGUGUACUCACUGCCAUUUCGGACAAGGCUCGCAAGCGUAACCAGGGAAUAAAUAUACUUUUGACAUCUAGAGAACACUGCAUUGGCCGUUUGGUAGGAGAUGCUCGUUUCCAGGUUUUAUCCCCAGCUGUUAGUGCCACACAUUGCAAGAUAUAUAGAAAGACAGUCGCUAAUGAAGACUCAGAGCAUGGGACUUCUGUUUUUCUGAAAGAUACUAGCACAAAUGGGACAUACCUCAACUGGUUAAAAUUGAAUAAAGGUUUCCCUGAUGCUAUACUUCGGCAUGGAGACAUCAUAUCCAUUGCAUUUGCUCCACAUCAUGAACUUGCAUUUGCCUUUGUAUUUCGAGAAGUUUUCAAGUCUAGUUCAUCAGCCGACGCAGCAGCUCUUAAGAGAAAAGCAGAUGAAUUUGGCUGUGACAGCAAGCGACUUAAGGGAAUAGGCAUCGGUACUCCUGAAGGUCCUAUUUCUCUGGAUGAUUUCCGUAGCCUUCAACGGUCAAACACGGAAUUGAGGAAACAACUAGAGGAUCAAGUUGCAAAAAUUGAGGCUUUGCGUAAUGAAAAUCGUGCAACUGUUGAGAAUCACGAGAGUGAAAUGAAAGAUUUGAGAGAUUCUGUUUCAAAAUCCUACCUUGAUCAGAUAAAAGAUUUGAACCGAUUAUUGGAGGCUAAGGAUAAAGAAUUUCUUGAGUCUAGUAGGAUAUCUGCUGAGCAAAAACAUAGCCUGCAAGAUCUUAAUGAAAGACUUAGUGCAUCUGAGCAAUCAUGCAUUGAGGCCAACGAAAUAAUAAAUAGCCAAAAAGCAUCUGUUUCAGAACUGAAGGCCUUACUAGAUGAGGAACGUGAUCAGAGAAAAGAAGAAAGAGAAAAGGCUGCAUUAGACCUGAAGGCUUCUAUACAGAGAGUUCAGGUUGAAGCACAGGAGGAAAUCAAAAGAUAUUCCGAUGCUGCCUUGCGACGUGAAAAAGAGCAGCAAGAAAUGAUUAACAAACUACAGGAAUCAGAGAAAGAGAGGUGCUCGCUCGUGGAAGCAUUGAGACUAAAAUUGGAAGAAACCAGACAGAAACUGGUAAGUUCAGACAAUAAAGCUCGCCAGCUUGAGGCGCAAAUUCAUGAGGAGCAAUUGGCUUCUCUCACCAACAGAAAAAGAAUGGAUGAACUGGAGCAUGAGGCAGAGAAUUUGAGGAAAGAGCUUGAGAGAGAAAAGGCUGCUCGAGAAGAAGCAUGGGCAAAAGUUUCAGUUCUGGAACUGGAGAUCAAUUCUGCUAUUAGAGACCUAGAUUUUGAGAGACGCAGAUUGAAAGCUGCCCGAGAAAGAAUCAUGCUUCGAGAGACACAGCUUCGGGCUUUCUAUUCAACCACAGAGGAGAUAUCAGUUCUGUUUGGAAAACAGCAGGAGCAGUUAAGAGCAAUGCAGAGGACAUUAGAAGACGAGGAAAAUUAUGAGAAUACAUCAAUGGAUUUGAACCUCGAACCAAUUGAACGCAAUGCUAAUGCGUCAGUGAUCAGGGAGAGAGGAGUUGGAGAGGAUUGCGACAAUGGUGGUGCUUCUAAGGUGGGCUCUACCCACCGGAAUAUUUUUGGAGGAACAUCAAGUGAUGCAAGCAUGACAGAGAAGCAUGAUUGCACCAUCCGAAGCCAACCUGAAGAUGAUGAGACCCAGGAGGUAGAGUUCACCAGUGGUGAACAGUGCAAGCAGCAGCGUGCCGCCUUUGGUUCUGAUAUCGACGUGCCUAUCAUGGAGGGAGAUCCAGUUGGAACUGAAAAAUUCCACGAAUCAGGUGAUCAUCUCAACCACCACCACCACCUUUUAGGAUCCGAAACAGUGGUUGCAACGGGAAGCCAAACAAGUGUCAUGAAUAUAGAUUUAAACACCUUUGAUCGCGGGGAGGAGAAUACAUUGAAUCUAGAGGCCAAUAAGAAUAGUGAACCAGAGAAGAAUCCCGUAGCACUUCAGAAUGGUGGAGAUGGAGUGGCAGAAGAGACUAUACGAGCAGCUUGUCUUUUGGCCUCAGAAGUUGCUGGGAGCUGGGCAUGCAGUACUGCCCCAUCUGUUCAUGGAGAGAAUACUGAUUCUCAGAGGAGUAGGGGUAGAGAUCAUAAGGAUAGCAUUUCACAUGUCGCAGAGAGUCAAUCCUCCAAGGCAAAUUCUGCUUCUACAAAUAGUAGACGGGAUCACGAGCGUAAAGCACUUAGUGAGAUGAUUGGGAUUUUUGCUCCGGAUCUGAAGGAGCAGUUCGGUCACAGUGAGGAUGAAAGUGAGAACGGGAUUGCUUCUAAUUCUGAAACGCAAAGUUGCACAGGCAAUGAUGAUGAUGAUGUGGCGGAUACUGAAGUUGGAUCAGAUGCUGCAAUGAGUGAUAAUGAUGAUGAUGAUGAAGAUACUCAGGAAGGUUCCAUAGGAUAGCAAGGAAAGUAAUGAUGCAUGUAAAUAGGUAGAGGUGGUUUUGAAUUCAUGUCUUUUAUUCUUUCUCCUUAUAAAUCUCGUAUUGCACUGAUCAUUAUAGAACUGGCGGCAUUUUAUUUUUUAAAAAGGAAAUGGUAAGAUCAAAGCUUGGGUCAAUGCUAAUACUCAAAUGC